AUGGGUUUGGAAUUCCUGGGUGUUGUUAAAAAGUACGAACAAUUGCUGAAGAUUGGCCAAGGGACAUUUGGUGAAGUUUUCAAGGCACGACACAGAAAGUCGGGAAAAAUUGUAGCCCUCAAAAAAGUUUUAAUGGCCAAUGAAAAAGAAGGGUUUCCAAUCACAGCUUUAAGAGAGAUCAAGAUUCUUCAGCAGUUACGCCAUGAAAAUAUUACACAUUUGAUUGAAAUAUGCAGAGCAAAAGGUACUCCAAAUGACCAUUUCAUCACUAGUAUUUACCUCGUAUUUGAGUUUUGUGAGCAUGACUUAGCUGGGUUGCUUAGCAACCAGCAGGUGAAGUUUUCAUUGGCAGAAAUCAAGGAAGUAAUGAAACAACUAUUGAAUGGUAUGUACUAUAUCCACAGUAAUAAAAUUCUACAUCGUGAUAUGAAAACUGCCAACAUUUUGAUCACAAAGAGUGGAACAUUGAAGUUGGCAGAUUUUGGACUUGCCAGACCAUUCAGCCUUCCUAAACCACACCAGCCAAACAGGUAUACUAAUCGAGUUGUAACACUUUGGUAUCGACCACCAGAACUAUUACUGGGAGAGAGGAAUUAUGGCCCACCCAUUGACAUGUGGGGUGCUGGGUGUAUCAUGGCCGAAAUGUGGACACGUACCCCAAUAAUGCAAGGCAGUACAGAACAACAUCAGCUGAAUCUCAUCUCGAACUUGUGCGGGUCUAUCACAACAGAAAUUUGGCCUGCAGUUGAUCAACUAGAAUUCUUCUCGAAGAUAAAACUUCCAGCAGAUCUCAGGAGGAAAGUAAAGGAAAGACUUCAUUAUUAUGUACGAGAUCAGAUUGCGCUGGAUCUAAUUGAUAAACUAUUAGCAAUAGACCCUACAAAGCGUCUAAACAGUGACGAUGCACUCAACCACGACUUUUUCUGGAUUGACCCAAUGCCAUCUACCCUUGCUAAAAUGCUUACACUGCACACACAAUCUAUGUUUGAAUUUUCUGCACUUUCACGCAGACGAAUGCAUCAUCAGUCCCAACAAAACUUUAAGAAACCACCGCAUGGUGUUGACAUGACCUUUGACCGGGUAUUCUAGAAAAUUUGUUGCUGUAUUUAUAAGGGGGAUUAUACAUGGUUUAAAAUUAAUUUUUUAGGAGACCUAGAAAUAUUUAAAGAGAUGAGCAAAAAUCUAAAAAGUUUUGUUUAAAUUUUAAUGCAUUUAGGAAAGGUUUACUGUUUUUUUUUUUUUUUUUUACAGUUUUGUGUAUUAAAAUACACUGUUUUCCUUUAGUUACUAUACUGAAAAGUUUAAUAAUAUUUUCUUUAUAUAAAAUAAGAAGUAAAACAUUCUACAUACUGUAUUAUAUUGUUAAAAAACAGUAAUUAUUGUACAGAUUUUUUUAAAGUUAAAAAGUAUUAUUGUGUCAGUAGAAUAAAAAGGGUUAUAUUGGCAGUCAUGAAACUGAAGAAUUAUUUUUUGUUAUGGUUAGUGUUUCAAAAUUAUUUUCUUUAAGUCUGAGGUGCAACGAUAAGGGUUAUAUAUUAAGAGUGAUGAUACUGAAAAAUUAAUUUUUUAUAAUUAGUGUUGCAAUUUUAUUGUGGAAGUCAUUGGGAUGCAACAAAAAAAGUUUAUUGACAGUGAUGAUACUAAAAUUUUUUUAUGAUUAAAAUGUUUCAAAAUUAUUUUUAGGAAGUCAGUGGACGUAACAUCCUUAAAUAAAUUAUGAUCAAUUUCAGGCAUUGUUGGAGUACAAUAAAUGUAUAAAUUGUCAACUUGAUUACAAUUCUAUUACUUUGAUCAAACAUUAUACAGUACUUUACAUUUUUGGUAUAUAAUCAAGUUCAUUUAAUAAAUAUUUAUGAUAAGGCCUUACAGUUCUUAGAAUAAAUUAGAGAAUGACUCAUGGGUAUCGAUCGGUGGUGGAAAUUAUAUCAAUUGUGCCCCCCAAUCUUCUAAAAUUAAAACCCCACUUUUCAAAGAUAGUGGAAAGAACAACAAUUAUGCAUGACUGAAUUUUGUCUGUUCACUUGUGCGUUUUUCCAGACCAAAACCAAGUUUUUUAUGGUUGCAACGGUUAUCAGGUGCUAAAUU